AUGAAAAUUCCCGAACGAAAAAGGAAUGGUUUCAUAUACAUAAAAUGUAGCUAUUGUCUCCGCCCCAUCCAUGCAGGCCGCGAGUUUUCUGAAAGGAUAAAAAUAGAGCGUGGCGUUUAUUAUCACAAGGGCUGCUACAACUGUGGACAAAAAUGUCCUGUUUGCUUGAAACCAAUCAGCUAUCAUCAAGAAGAAGAGAGCUUCCAGCAUUCAAUUUGGCCCCAGAUCAAAUACUGCAAAAUUCAUGUUGGCCAAAUUCCCAAGUGCUGUAUCUGUGAAAAAUAUCAGCCAAAAGAUGAAAAAUACAUCAAACUUGUGGAUGAACGAAUGCUCUGCAACGACUGUCGUUGGACGGCGAUCAUGGAUGUGGAUAAACUGCAGUCGCUUAAGAAUUAUUUGCUUCAUUUCUUCAAAGUAAAUCAUGUGUCCUUCAAGAAAGAUAUUCCCAUUUACUUGGUAGACAUUAAUGAUAUCAAAAGACUUGCAAAUCGUGGAGCUGUUCUUUCAGAUACUACUAUUAUAAGCUGUACUUUGGAAGAAGAAAAUAUGAUGGAGAUAGUGCCCAACAGGCUCCAGGAACUGCAGCUGAAACCCCCUUGGAUUCUGAUCGCUUAUGGCUUACCAUGGUUAAUAGCUGGGGAGCUCUUGGCUCAGGAAAUGAUGCACGUCUGGCUGCAGCUGAAGAAAGAUUACAAAACGUUUAACUGGCCAUUGAAAGAGGGAAUCUGCAGGGCGAUGGCGUACAAUUGCUUGGGCUACAUAACAGACCCGGCAGGGAGCGAAAGAGAGAAGAGAAUAAAAUUUUUCCAGGAGAUGAGAGCGUUUCGGAAGACGAGAAUACAGAACGAAAGGCCACAAGUGUUUGGAUUGGGAUACAUGGGAGCAACAAAUGCAAUUAAAAGAUAUGGAUUAAUCAGCACACUUGACAGAAUUUUCGCUAAGACCAACGGAGGAACAACGCAGGCGGCCAUGAAUAGAGAUGAAGAUUUCGAAUACACCCCUGAUUACGUACGAAGCCUGUCCAGGAAAAUUUCUAGUUGA